UUCAUUAUCCAUUCUCAUCCCCACCUGUUUCGUCCCACCCCAUGCCCCUCAUUUGACUCUUUCUUUUCUUAUUUUAUUUUAUUGUCUUUUUGUUCAAUAUUCUGAUUUUUGGUCAGUCUUGCUUGGAAAAGACCAAUCUUUGGCAUCUGAGCUGAGCCGCCGAAUACGAUUUUCCCUAGGUUUUGAGGGGCUUUGAUUUGAUUCGUCGGGGUAUGGAUUUCCUCGCCACAUCUGAAGGUCAAUUGGCCGUCGGCGUUGCGGUUGCGCUUGUCGCCGUCGGAGUUGCCUACUUCGCGUUUUCCUCGAAGAAGCCCAAAGUAUGCUUGGAUCCCGAGAAUUUCAAGGAAUUCAAACUCGUCAAGAAAACUCAAAUCAGCCACAAUGUAGCCAAGUUCAGAUUUGCUCUUCCAACCCCUACUUCUGUGUUGGGACUUCCCAUCGGACAACACAUUAGCUGCAGGGGUAAAGAUAAAAAUGGUGAGGAGGUCAUCAAACCGUACACUCCAACUACAUUGGAUUCUGAUAUCGGAUACUUUGAGUUGGUUAUAAAGAUGUAUCCUCAAGGAAGAAUGUCUCAUCACUUUAGAGAAAUGCGGGAAGGAGAAUAUUUGGGUGUGAAAGGGCCAAAGGGUCGUUUCAAGUACCAACCCGGCCAAGUGAGAGCAUUCGGAAUGCUUGCUGGAGGUUCCGGAAUCACACCAAUGUUCCAGGUCACCAGAGCCAUUCUUGAGAACCCAAACGAUGCGACAAAGGUGCAUCUGAUAUACGCAAAUGUUACCUAUGACGACAUUUUGCUGAAGGAUGAAUUGGAUAGUCUCGCGAAAAACUACCCCGAAAGGUUCAAAAUUUACUAUGUACUCAACCAGCCCCCGGAAGUAUGGAGUGGCGGCGUUGGUUUUGUGAGCAAGGAAAUGAUCGAGGAGCAUUGCCCGGCACCGGCAUCUGAUAUUCGGGUGUUGAGAUGCGGACCACCACCGAUGAACAAAGCCAUGGCGGCGAAUCUGGACGCCCUCGGAUACACCUCUGAGAUGCAAUUCCAGUUCUGAGAUUGCCUCGGCAUCGCCGGUAACCCGAUUUUUCAGUGUUGUGAUUUAUUUAGAUGGUUGGAGAGAUGGUUUUUUUGCAUGUUAUAUUAUGUAGCAACAUAAUUAAGCCAUCCCUCCCUCCUCUUGUUUAAGCUAAAAACAUCUGCUGUGAACUUUUCUAUUUAUUUUUGAAAGUCUUUGAUCUGUCGGAAUAAGUUAUAAUUUCUAUGGAUCAAAUGUUUUGUUGUUUUA